AUGGGUCAGCUAGACUCACUGCCCCGAGAACUUCUAUACUUGGUUCUCGAAUACUGCAGCUUUGAGGACUGCAGGAAUCUACGCGCGACGUGCAAAUACAUCAGCGGCCUUACCAAUGCCCGGGUAUUUCAGACGUAUUACAUUGCCUUCUUUCAAUCGCACCUGGAGAGAUUUGUGAGACUAUCGGCAAGACCAGACAUUGCGAGGUGCAUAAAACGUCUUGUCUUUGUAGGAGAUGUGUUACCACAAAUGGACUGGGUAGGCACCUUUGAAGGCCUGAUCGACAUGCGCGAACCUUGGUCAUCUUUUUCCAAGAAGUACAUUGAGGAACGGACUACAGUGGACCCAGCGCGCAUGGACAGCCGCCUCUCCUCAGAUGAUGAAUACGAUUUCCGGAUGCGAGUAUUGACUGAAAGACAAGACCUUCGCCAUGCGGCGUACAAGGAAUACGACAACAUGGCCAAACACACCCUUAAUCCCAGCCAAGUGCAACAUCACUUCGAACGAUACGCAGCAUAUCGUCAGCAACAACUGGACUGGGGUCCGAAUGAUCUCUUUCUCGGCGCGCUAUCACGCCUGCCCAACUUGACAUCCAUCGAGAAUGCAAAGCAUGGGUUUGCUGACAAUCAUCUCCAUUUCCCAUGGAACAGGAUCGAGAAAGACAUCAUCCUCAACCCAAACAACUGGAUGCAGCUUCAUGCUGUCGAGGUUGAUGACGAUGAGGAAGUCCAUGUUGUAGAUGUGUUGAAAUAUCCUAUCCACAUGAAGCAUGCGGAUUGUCUUCUUGCCGCCAUCGGAGAGCGUGCAACUUUGAACAGCCGCGCAUCACCUAUUAGAAAUUUGCGCCUUGUAAAUGUUGGUGGGCAGCCUUUUCUCGACAUGAACGAGCACUACCCCCCGCCAGAUGAUCCUGCAUCUGAGCCAAUCGUAAAUGCCAUCAGGGAUGACCUGCCACAGGAGUUGAUCUCUGCCAAAAUCCAGGGCUUAUCGCACUUGGAGAGAUUAGAGCUGGAUGUGAGCUAUUGUGCCCCUGCCUCGCCUAAUGUGAGACCAGGUGCUGGGGUACAGACAUGGCAGACAAGGCAACUCUUCCAGGAGAUCCAUGCUAUCUUGUCAGCAGCAGCACAUUCUCUGAAGACUCUGAGACUCCAGUGUCGUGACGAUGAAGGCAGCUGGGCUGCCGAGGAACGGCCCAUGGACCCUGAGGACGACACAAUAGGCCAUCUUCAUAUCCCUACACUACCACAAUUAGAGCUCCUACGGCUGAGUUGUAAUGCAACCGAGAGAAGCUUGAUCGAGCUCCUGCGUGCACAGUCAAAGACACUGCGCUGUCUCGAACUUGUAGACUGCAAUCUGAAUGAGGGCACAUGGAACUCUGUGCUUCGUCAAGUACCGGAGAUAUUCGAGACUGGCCUACAACGCAUUUACCUGGAGGGACUGCACGAUGAAGAUUAUCCAAGAGAGUCUGGCGACGAAGCUUUGUUCGAGGAUGGCUUAGAUGUCGGCGAAGGCGCGCAUCCUCAUGACCGUGCUAUCCUCAAGUAUCUGCUUCAUGGUGGAGAGAUGCCAGAACUGGAUUUCAAUAGUUGGUACGAGCGCAACCGAGAACUCGCGGACAGAGGCAUCACUGAGUGGGAAGACGAGCUACUCGAGUCAGAGGUGCCGUAG